AGUUCUGGGGAAACUUCUCCAAUUCGAAAUAGUGACACCGAUGAUAAUCUCUAAAGACUCGGUCGCUUGCUGUUCUUUUGCGCUGUGACAACUCUCGACGAUAUUUGAUGCAGCAGGCGCUUGUGUUGGUAAAGCCGCUCUUGCGGGUUGCGCUGCUUGGUGCUCGCCCUGGUACUCAGCAGCUGCUCUUUCAAUGCGUCCCAAAGAGAUCUUUCCUUACGUCGCCCUCUUUAACAGCAGUCUAUCGGCGUCCCGUUGGGAAAAUCCAGGUUGUCACCAUCGAUGACAAGAUCCAACAGUCAUUCACUCUAGACGAGAAGAUCGAGACCCGCUUCGUCAGGGAGAAGAAGGACAACAAGCUUUCUGAUCCCAUAGAUCUCUACGAACUACUCCGCCAAAUCGAUCGAGCGGACAGUCAUGUCUUGCAGCUGAGCAAACCCGGCGAUAGCGAAGCGAUCGUGCAGAUAGUGCAGCGAAAAGACCUAAUUAAACGGCUCAAUGACAAGGAGACAGCUGAACGUCAGGUUAAGCAGGCACAGAAAGAGAAGAAACCUAAACAAAUUGAACUGAAUUGGGCCAUCAGUGGCAACGAUUUGCAGCUCAAGAUGAAGCAGCUAGAGGAGUUUCUCCGGAAAGGCAAGAAAGUCGAACUGUUGCUGGCGCCGAAGAGACAUCAAAGGAAAGCAACACCAGAAGAGGCCCAAGCAUUGGUCCAGGCAAUAAAGGAAAAAGUACAGGAAGUUGGGGCUGCCGAGACCGCUCCGAUGGAUGGAGCCAUCCUCAGACAAGCUACCAUGACCGUCAAGAUACCUUGAACAAAGCAUCUCUCCUUCACAGGAUAUGAUACAUCCUGCCCCUGGAAGGAUCGUGCCCGUUGGAAAGUUCGCGAUGCUGGCUUGGGCUACGACAAUGGUUCAAACAGCCGUCAGCAAGAGCUCGUACUUGAGCACUGUUAGCAAGAGUUCAUACUUGAGCACCAGGCUCACAAACGACCGCAAUCGUUG